AUGUGCCAAUCUGGAAGCUUCCGCAGCGAUACGUUCGAAAAUAUCGUUGACGAAGCUGUUCAUGAUGCUCAUCGCUUUGCUGGAUAUACCCGUAUCGGGAUGUACCUGCUUCAGUACUUUGUAGAUGAAGCAAUUAGCCACGAGGCUGCCCGUAAAAGUGCUCCUGCUACUGGCGGAGUUAAGAAACCUCACCGUUAUCGUCCGGGAACUGUGGCUCUCAGAGAAAUUCGUCGUUAUCAGAAAAGUACCGAAUUGUUGAUCAGAAAAUUGCCUUUCCAACGGCUGGUCCGUGAAAUAGCGCAAGAUUUCAAGACCGAUUUGCGAUUCCAAAGUUCUGCUGUAAUGGCACUCCAAGAAGCUAGCGAAGCGUACCUGGUCGGACUAUUCGAGGAUACGAACUUGUGCGCGAUCCACGCUAAGCGAGUAACGAUCAUGCCGAAAGAUAUACAGCUGGCAAGACGUAUUAGGGGCGAACGAAAGCAAUUAGCCACGAAGGCUGCCCGUAAAAGUGCUCCUGCUACUGGCGGAGUUAAGAAACCUCACCGUUAUCGUCCGGAACUGUGGCUCUCAGAGAAAUUCGUCGUUAUCAGAAAACGCAAGAUUUCAAGACCGAUUUCGAUUCCAAAGUUCUGCUGUAAUGCACUCCAAGAAGCUAGCGAAGCGUACCUGGUCGGACUAUUCGAGGAUACGAACUUGUGCGCGAUCCACGCUAAGCGAGUAACGAUCAUGCCGAAAGAUAUACAGCUGGCAAGACGUAUUAGGGGCGAACGUGCCUAA